AUGUCUGGCAAGCUCGACCAAGCUCUCGACGAUAUCACCCAGGCUCAGCGCCGAAGUGCUCGUCGUCGAUCUACCCAGCGCCGCUCUACCGGACGCCCUGUUGCCGCCGCACCUAUCGGCGGCAUCCAGAAGAGCACCAAGCCUGCUCGUGGCGCCGGCGCAAAGAAUGUCCCGGCCAAGGCCGCCCCUACCAACAGUGAUAGCAAGAUCAUUGUGAGCAAUCUGCCCAAGGACGUCUCGGAGCAGCAGAUUAAGGAAUACUUCAUCCAAUCCGUUGGUCCUAUCAAGCGAGUUGAGCUCUCCUACGGCCCCAACUCACAAAGCCGUGGUAUCGCAAACGUGACCUUCCACAAGUCGGAUGGCGCUAGCAAGGCCUUCCAAAAGCUGAAUGGCCUCCUCGUCGACAACCGACCGAUCAAGAUUGAGAUCGUUGUUGGAGCCGCCCAGGCUGACAAGGUCAUCCCCACCGCCAAGUCUCUCGCCGAGCGCACCAGUCAACCCAAGGCCCAGCCCAAGUCUGCUGCUGCAAAGAAGCACAAUGCCGGUGCCGCCAAGGAUGGUGAUGCCAAGGGAGCUGCUGGUAACAAGAAGCGCCGUGGCCGCAACAGCCGUCCUGCGAAGAAGACUCAAGAGGAACUCGACUCUGAGAUGGCUGACUACUUUGUUGCUCCUGCUGCCACUGAGGCUAGCGGUAGCACUGCUGCUCCCGCUCCCGCGCCAGCCGCCACCGGUGACGCUGACAUGGAUGAGAUCGCUUAA